AUGGUUCAGGGUGACUCACUAAGAGUAAAUCAAGAGUAUUCGGAUGUCUUUUCGGAGGAUCUUACCGAUGUGGAUAUGGUCAAUAAUAUGAUGAAGUUUGAGGGUUAUGUGUUGAUUCCUUCGAUAGAUUUUGACUCCAAUCGGUUGAGGGGCAGAGACCACAAAAACUUGCCACCACCUUCUCCUCCAAAGCUCCCAAUUGUUGGGAAUCUCCACCAACUGGGCUUGUUCUCUCACCGCUCUCUCCGAUCAUUGGCUAAAAAAUAUGGACCCCUUAUGCAACUUCACUUCGGCAGUGUUCCAGUCCUUGUUGUCUCCUCGGCCGUUGCAGCUCGCGAAAUCAUGAAAACCCAUGAUCUCGCCUUUUCAAGCAGACCUAAAACAAUUAAUGGUAGCAAAAUUGUUUAUGACUGCAAGGACGUCGCUCUUAGUCCCUAUGGCGAGGUUGCGUUGGGGAGGAAAUACAGUGGAACGAAAGGAGGGAGGAGGUUUAAGGAACUCCUCGCAACACUUACGGAAUUGAUCGGUGUUUUCGAUGUAGGGGAUUAUAUCCCAUGGCUUGUUUGGAUGAAUCGAAUCAAUGGUUUGGAUGCCAAAGUGGAGAAUGUUUCUAAAGAGAUGAAUCAAUUUCUUGAGGGAGUAGUGGAAGAACAUGUUGAUAGAAGCAAAAGAGACGACAGUUAUAGUGCGAAUAUUGGAAAUGAAAACAAACAUGACUUUGUGGAUCUUCUACUUCAAAUCCAACUAGAGAAUACAUCUGGCUCUCUUGUUCAUAGAGAUACCAUCAAAGCUCUCAUCUUGGUAAAGUUACUUUUUGUUUUCUUAUUUAAUGCUAAUUAA